CUGACCGGACCUUGAACAUAUAGCAGGGGACCAUUUGGGUGUCCUCUAGCUCGAGACGAAGUCACUCAAUAAAAUAUUUCUGGCAAGGUACAAAAGACAUGGUACAAUCGUGUAUUGCAUGACAUUGAAAUAAUCGUCGAGGACCGAGUAAGUUGCCGUGGAAAUCCAAAAACGUGCCGUCAUGUAAGAGAUUAUAAUAUCACUACUUUCAUGACCAGGCCGAUACGACACACACUGAAUAAUGAGGUACAAGAAGUGUUAGGAAUUUUAAAAUGGUUGGCUCCUUUACCAACUGCUUUAACAAGGAGGGAUUAUACCUUAUAAUAAUACAGCUGGCCAAUGACUCUCAUGAACAGAGAGACCAGAAGAAAAAGGAGACUUUAAAGGUUCAACUUCAAGAAAAAUCUUCCUUUCGUUGAUGUUGAAGUCCAUGCCUCCCAAGGAGCUGUGCAUGGCAAUAUAGAACUCAGAGCCAGAUCAUUCAUUACGACAUCAGAAUCUUUUCUUUGUUCAAACGACAUCAGAACCUCAGCCACAUACUCCUCUGACAGAGUCAACAUUGUCUCAAGUCCUCUCUUUCGUACAAGGUUUCUUCAAGAUAAGCCCAAGCAAAGUAUUAACCAAGUAACAACGAGUCACUUCGAUGUGCAGAAAGAGAGUGCAAGAUCAUCAUCGGGCAAUCAAGAAAGCUCCUCACUGGAACUUUAGAAGUAAACGAGCGGACGAUAUAGAAAUCUUGUCCAAAGGCGAGAGAACUUCCAGGAAAGUUGGCGAUAGAAGCUGCUUUAACCUUACCUUUUCCUCUGCUAGAUCCACUUAUUCUCCCCACCUUUUAUACAGGCACAGCUGCUCGCUCUCAUCUCAAUCCAGGCAAUUCAUAAGCAGAAAGUUUGCAAAUCGAAUUUAGGUUCCAUCGAACCGCCAGAUAGAAGUUUUCCUCAGCCGAUUUGAUGUGCAAAGAAAUAUCUGUCUUUGAGCUUCUCCAGACUGCGAAAUGAAGGUCAAGAACAGUGCUGAAGGUCAAAGCAGCAUUCAUCUGGAUAUUCCUCAGCUUCAGAAGAAAAAUGAAGUCAUCAUUUCACCCACCACAAUAUUUGAGCCGCAAACAAGUGCUGGUACAGAUGGAAGAAGCGGAAACUCUGUUUCCCCCGCGUUACCGGCUGUUCCGGCCCCGGAGAAAAAGCUGACUUUGUUUGCUCUCCGCCUUGCGGUUCUCGAAAAAGCCGCCACUGGCCUGGGAACCCUCGGUUUCAUCUGGGCGACGGUCGUACUCCUGGGGGGCUUCGCCAUCACCCUAGAAAACACCGACUUUUGGUUCAUCACCAUCAUUUUAUUAAUUGAAGGAGCUCGAAUAUUCAGCAGGAGUCAUGAGCUGGAGUGGCAACACCAGUCCACUUGGUCAAUAGCUGAUGUCGGAAUUAGCAGCUUCCGAAAGCUCAGAUCGAGCUCUAAAGCUCUAGUUGAGUCCAUGAAGGAUAUGUUGAGUCCCGUAAGCUCUGGUACGAGGAAGCAAAGUCAACACAGCAGGGAAAUUUCCGAAACUACAGAUGCGACAAAUGUCAGAGAUCAGAAAUUGCAAAGGAAGCCGGCCCGGAUAUGGACUUCUUCAGAAGUCUGUAUUCUACCUUAUGGAGGGUGGUUUUUCCUCUCGAGAAAUAUCAGCAAGAUUCUCUAUUGGCUUCAGCUCUUAUCUGCGAUAGCCUGCGUCGUGCUCUCACUGAUGAAGCUCAUUGAGCACAAUUAUGGUGAGGUAGCUAAAGGAGACACGGACAAGAGAAACCGGAAAGCUGCUCUGAUUCUCUUUUAUGCCUUGGCUUUGACUGAAGCUCUGGUCUUCCUGACAGAGAAACUUUACUGGGAGUGGAAGGUAGUCAUCUGUAAGCUUCUCGAAGGGGUGAACCAGGAAUGCGAUCUGGGGGCUUCAGGUAUGAUCUCGACUCGGAGAUUUUUCUAUGACUCCUACUCGAAAUGUAUUAAUGGGAGCAUUUUUGAUGGCCUGGGAAUGGAUCUGGUCACUUUUGCGAUGGAUCUAUUAUCUUCAAACUCGCCGGAUGAGCAGCUCAUAGGAGCCAGGAUUCUUCACCAGUUUUCUACGAAACAACGGUUUUCAGAUGACACGCUCCGGAAGAUGGGAACAACUCUACCAGUUAUGGAGAGACUCGUGGAGAUCUUAAACUGGAAAGACCCACGAGAAGAAGAAAUCAGGCUAUCAGCCGCAGAAAUAGUUUCCAAAUUAGCCGGGAAAAAGCAAAACUCCCUUCGGGUCGCUGGAAUACCUGGGGCAAUGGAAUCGAUAUCAUCUCUUCUCCAGACAAACAGAAGCCCCAGUUCUGCAGCAGACGAAAUUGGCGAAAAGAAAAUCAUCUUUGACCAUGAGGACUAUGGAUACUGGACUUUCAACAACUUGGGACUUCUCAUUCUGAAGAAACUAGCCCGUGAUCACGAUAAUUGCGGAAAAAUCGGAAACACAAGAGGCCUUCUUUCCAAAAUCAUAGAUUUCACUCAUGCAGAUGAAAGAAUAUUGAAGGACUCAAGUGUCACCACAUCGCAGGUUUUGAAUGUUAAAAGGUCUUUGCAGGUUAUAAAGAUGCUGGCAAGCACAACGGGUACCACAGGGAAAAAUCUCCGUAGAGAGAUCUCGGAGAUAGUCUUCACCAUAAGCAACAUAAGAGAUAUUCUACGGUACGGGGAGAAACGACCGGAACUGCAGAAACUAGGGAUUGAGAUCCUUACCAGUUUGGCACAGGAUGACGAUGCAACGGAGCGAAUUGGAGGGACCGGUGGAGUUCUGAAAGAACUGUUAAAGAUUUUCUUCCAACAAGGAGUACCGGAAGAUCAAAGGGAUGUGAGGAUUGUGGCCGGAGAAGCCCUGGCAAUGCUGGCUUUCGAAAGCAAGAGCAACUGUCAUCGAAUUUUUAAGUUAAAUGUAGUGGAGAGCCUCCUCGAAGCAUUGGAGAUUCCGCUUCUUCAUGUUAAUGCUGGAAGAAUUUUGAGGAAUCUGUGCGCUUGCAGCGGACCAGAGUCCUUCAACCAGCUAAAGGGAGUAACAGCAGCGGCACCAACGGUCCUCAAGGCAAUCAUGUCAGGAGAAGGCAAACUACAAGAGGUGAUGGUUGGGUUAGCGGCACGUGCUUUUAAGUUCAUGACAGCAGAAGAAUCGACCGCCAUCUUCGAGAGGGCAGGGUUCAGAGAAGCUGAAUUAGCUUGCGCUUUGGUCGAGAUCCUCAGGAGCCACCGGAACCCAGAUACAAAGGUGCCAAGAAUGAGAAGGUUUGCUAUCGAGCUGGCAAUCUGGAUGAUGAGAGACAAAUUGAAGAAUGAGCAGAUCUUCAGGGAUCUGGGCAUGGAGGAGGAGCUUGAAGGAGUCUUGGAUACGACAUCAGAGCUAGAGAGCUUCAAUAUUUUCUCUGGCACCAUUGGACUAAGCAGGCACAGCACGACCAUUCACUCACUUGUUGAGACUGCACUUAUGCUGCUGAAGAACAGGUUUGAUCAACCCAUAGGUUACUGAGCAAAUGAUGAUACCAAAUUAACCAACAAAUGGAAACAUGAAGGUGUGCUAGACUACAUAUUUCAUUCUCUGAUCCCAGAAGCGAGGCAAUUGCUUAUUUAGAAACUCAGCUCUGCUUCAGUGUAAUGAAAUGCUUCUAAAAGUUAUCAUCACCUUCAUUUGUUCCGCACAGAAUUUGUGCAAUUUGCGACACACCACAUGUACUACUACCAAAACAUAUGCAAAAUGUGGACAUACACCCACGCAUUGUUUUGUUU